UCUAAAACAGUUUAAGCUGUAGAUAGGUGCCUGAUAUGUGAUAUUAGUCAUUUAUGCUUCCAUCGGUGAGCAACUGCUUCCAAACAAAAACAAAUUCCAAGCCGGUGGUAGCGUUCGUAUUUUAGAGUCAAUAUCAGUUUCCUGUGAAUAAAAUCGUGUAUUUUAAUAAAAAUGGGUCGUAAGUGCAGUGUGGCUGAAUGUGGAUCCAAUUACGAAAGCAGACUGCGAUUGGGACGACAUGCAACAAGCACCUUUAAAUUUCCCGAUGAUCCGUCGAUCCGCGAACAGUGGGUGGCAGCUGUGGCUAGACCGGACGGAUGGCAGCCGAAGAAGACCUCCUGCAUUUGCAUGAAUCACUUCCGCAAGGAUGAUUUUGAGAAGCUAAGUAAACCGGCUAAGCUAAAGCCGGAUGCUGUGCCUACGCUAUUUGGUACCGCUAUGGCUGAGUAUGAACCGAUUAAGAAACCUAGCGGCCCUCCCGAAGAACUGAAUAUUGAUUUCGAGAGCUUCUAUGGACGGGUGCUGGAGAAAACAGAAUUUUCCGGAUGGCAUUUUUACAAAAAGAAGCAAAUAAUACAUUUUUACACCGUAAAGGAUUCAGAUCGAGACAGUGCCAUUGAGAUAGUGAACAGUAUUAAGAUAUACGAGGAUAUGAAAAUUAAUGUAUUCAAUAAGGAAGUAAGGCUAUCGGAUGCAGUUGUUCGCCGUGUCCUCGGAAGAGAUUUAAAGCUAUGUCGUUGGUCGCAAUUUGAAGCUCUUCUGAAAAAAUACGAACUGAAAUCUAAAGUCAGCGAGCCAGAGGAAAGCAAUGAUGUAGGCAAGAGGAACAAAAGACAAAAAUCCAGAAACGACAUUCAAAUGGUAACGAUUCCUGAGCAUAAUAUCAAAAGUGAACCCACUGAAGAUGAUACUGAUCUCUUGCAAAAUGAAAUGGAAUUGGACAUGGAGAUUGUUAAAGAGGAAACAAAUGUGCCUCAAUCUGACGAAGACUCCGAACAAGAAUCGGACCACUCUCCGGAGGAAAAAAUGAACUUGUACGAAACACUGCGAAUUCUUUCCGAAGCCAAGCAUAAGUGUUUCAUCUGUAAUCGAGAACAUGAGACAAGUGAACAGUACGAUUACCAUCUAACAGAUCACAUGGAUAUGCUUCCCUAUGAAUGCGAUCGUUGCGUCACGGAGAAAGUUGUCAUACGAUCGUUGCCAUCGUUGAAUAAGCAUUUUCUUAUGCACCUCAAACCGUUGAAAUGUCGAACCUGUGAUGCCCGGUUUACUACCUACAAAUCCAGAUUGAUCCACGAGAAAAGUUUCCACGUCGUGGCCGAACCACUUGCAUGCGAAAUUUGCAAGGAAACAUUCCUUUCGCAGAAGCGACUCAACAAGCAUAUGAAGAAUCACACGGAACUAGAAUCGGUAUCGUGUAAAAUUUGUGAGAAGCAGUUUAUCACCGCAUACGAUUUAGACUUACACACGAAGUCCGUUCAUCCCAGCUCGGCGGCCUUCAAUUACGAAGAGCUUUCCACUUUGGAUCCGGACGUAACAUUAGACUUUAACGCACCGUUGGAAAAUGCCAACAAAAAACCGAAAAAAGACUUUUUCUGCAUUCAAUGCAAUAAACAUUUGGCCAAUUCGAACAGCUACUAUUCCCAUAUGCAGGGCCACCGGAAGCAGUUCCAGUGUGGCUACUGUGGUGUUCGAAUUGCACGACUACGAGACUUCAGAGAUCACGAAAACACCCACACCGGGAAACGGCCAUACGAGUGCGAUAUCUGCAAGAUGAGAUUCAUGGCCGCAUCGACCUAUUAUGGUCAUAAAGCAACACACAAGGGGGAGAAGAAGUUUGCCUGCGAAACUUGCGGACGUCAAUUCUCUAGGAGGGAGCACAUGGUCAGCCACGCCAACAUACAUAAGAAACUAACACGACGAGGACGUAAAGCGGCGAAGAAAGAUGCUGAGACAACGGAGGCAGUACCGAAUGAUGAAGCGACGGCUCCUAUGGAUGAACCCUCACCAGAUAAUAAUUUAGAGACUAACAUCGAAACCAACGCCGAAGACGAUGUAGGGCAAACUGAAAUGGAAACAUAAUUACAAUACGCUUCUCAAUAAAACUUUUAAACGCA